GUGAUUCAAUGAUAUUCUGUCUGUCUUUGCUCAGUUUGAGGUUAUUUUUAUUUUAUGAAUUCAAUAUUAUUCUACAAAAUUAAUUAAGUUUUCACACAAGAUCAGUAGAAACUUAAAUAUUCAAUAAACAUGGCUACUGUUUCAACUGCACCGGCGCCUGGCAUGCACCAAAUUGAUUUAUCCAAAUUGAAUUUGCACCAGUUGGGCCAGCUAAAGCAACAAUUAGAUCAGGAACUCAAUGUCUGUCAGGAUUCUCUUCAGACAUUAAAGAUGGCACAAGGAAAGUUUGUUGAGUCUGGUGAAUGUGUUGAGAAGAUCUCGCCGGAAUCUCUCGGGAAAACGAUACUGGUGCCUCUCACCGGGUCCAUGUAUGUUCCUGGCUCAAUUACUGACACCACUAAUGUCCUCAUAGAUAUAGGAACUGGAUAUUAUGCACAAAAAGACAUUGAUGGUGCUAAAGAUUACUUCAAGAGGAAAGUGCAGUUUGUGACCGAGCAGAUGGAGAAGAUUCAAGUCAUCGGUAUUGAGAAGUCGAGAGUGCGGGACGCCAUUUGCAAAAUGAUAGAAAUGAAAAUGCAAGUCAUGGCCCAGGCGCAGCAGGCUGCCUCAUAACAUAAAUGAAGUCUAUGGCCUUAAUACCAAUUGCUUUGUCACCCUUGUAAAAUUUUAUACUGAAUACUUAUAUCACUGUAUGAUUGUGAAAAAGUUAAUUUAUCUCGCAAGAUUACAACACUGAUAUUUUGUAUAGUUAUAAUAGAAAUCAUAUUUGAAUGUGAUUGAACUUAACUUGCUUGUUAAAUUUAUACUAUUAAACUAACACUUUUCACUAUCAAGAAGGAUAAUAAAGGACUAAAUUAACUCCUAGAAGGUGGGUCAGUAUUUCAUGUAGGUAUGCAUCAAUUAUUUAACUGAUAUGGGUUAUGGAUGAUGAGUAUUGUUAUGGAACUUGUGAAUAAGAUAACUGGAGUAUAAUCACAAAAAGUCAAUCUAAAUGGAAAUGACAUGUGUUCCUAUCUCUAUCAUCAGUUUCCCAUUGAAAAUUUAAUGCAAUUUUGUUCAUCCAGACUCUAGUUUGGAGUAAUGGAAAGCUUUUUUAGUUAACAACAUUAUGUGUAAUUAACUUUAUUUUAAAUAUUGUAAGUUUAGUUGGACUAUAAAAUAAAUUCUAACGCUAUUUCAA